AUGACAGUCUUGCCAGAAAAUGAUGAUCAACCAAAGUACCAUCCCUUACCACAAAAACCGGAUGAUCAUGAUCCCAAACAACAACUAAAAACCGGCGAUCGCAAAAAACAACAAAGAACCAUCGAAUGCUGGGAAUGGGUGUUUAUAUCGGUUAUGAUUUUCGUUAUACUAGUACUAGUGUUGUUCUAUAUCACACUUAUGACCUACCUGUCCUUCAUAGAUUUUUCAAACGACCCCGAAUUCCACGUGGACGACGUGACUCCCACUCAAUUUGAACUCUCCCCUACAAACAACACUUUGUACUACAAUCUUGACGUUAACAUGACGUUUAGAAACCCUAAUAACAAGUUUGGGAUACAUUACGAUAAAAUUAGAGCAAACGUAAUGUAUCAUGGGCAAAGAUUGAUGACAAAGCAUGUCCAAGGGUUUUAUUUAGGUCACAAAAUGAACAAUAAUGUGAAUCUAUCCGUUAAAGGCCAACAACUAUUGGUAUUAUUGGAAAAUGGUGUCGAUGAGAAAGAGUUUUAUGAAUCCGAGAGUAGGAAUGGUGUUUAUGAAAUUGAUUUGAAGUUGAGGAUUAAAAUGAGGUUAACUACAACUUUGUCAUGGGAGUUUUUUAACUCUAGACAUUUUAACUCUAGAGUUGUAUGUCAUUUGAAGAUCCCGUUAAUAAGCUCUCAAGAUAGUAAGGUUGAAUUUGAGAGAACUCAUUGUGUUUACAAGCAAUGGUAA